UGCAACCAAAACUUAUAUUGGCCUGAAAUCGUACCGUCCCCAAAUGUCCACCGACAUGAGGAGGGAAGGCAAAGUUUCAACUUUUCAAAGAAACGCCCCCCUUGCCCUCCAAAAUUUCGCUCCCCAAAUCUCAGAGGCGCCAUUCCCAAACUUUCCAAACUAUAAACUCUUCUACCAUCGCCCCUCGUCUUCUCUCCCUGUCGUCUCUUGAAUCCCAGAAUCUCUUCUCGUCCCCAAUCCUUCUCCUUAUCAUCUCCGAUCCCAUGGCCGUUCCUUCAAGCUCCUCCGCCUACGGCGGCAACAACGAGGGGGCGAGCAGGAAGAGAGGUGCCUCGUCCCUUUCCACCAGCGCCGCCGCCGCCGCCGCUGCUCCGAAACGGACCAAGAAUCCUGGUGUCCGGGUCGUUGGAGGGCGAAUCUACGAUUCCGAGCACGGGAAGACAUGCCAUCAGUGCCGACAAAAGACAAGGGACUUCGCGGCUGCCUGCAAGCAGAUGAAGAAGGACAAGCUCUGCACCAUUAAGUUCUGUCACAGCUGCCUCCGCAAUAGAUACGGGGAGGAGGCGGAAGAGGUGGCGAAGUCGGAGAAUUGGAGCUGCCCCAAAUGCCGCGGCAUUUGCAACUGUAGCUGCUGCAUGAAGAAGAGAGGUCAGCAACCAACUGGAAUUCUCGUCCAUGCUGCCAAGGCAACUGGGUUUUCCUCGGUUUCUGACUUGCUGCAGCAAAAAGGAUCUGAAGUACUUAAUGCAGCGAAUGUUAUUAAAAGUAUGAGUUCAAGAAAAACCCCUGCUUCUAAAAUGGGGUCCGUAGCUCUGAAAAGAGGUCGUGAUAAGGAAAACUACCAUGUUGAGCAGAAGGAUACCGAUGGUGGUGACAGUGAAGGGGAACUCUGUGUGAAAAAAGAAAAAAAGAACCGCUCAAAGAAACUAACGAGAGACAUUGGUAGUGAGAAUUCCACUAGAUGCAGUGGAGCUGUUUUGAACCAAGAGAAGGAAAACUUACAAGGAAAAAAAUUUAUUGAAGGCUCAAAUAGUGCCUCAGAGAAAGAGGUGUCGGUAGAUGGUGAUGAGAGACGGGCAUGCAGCAAUGGCGAUGAGACAAAAUUGCCAGUUAAUGGAAAUGCCAGUGAAUCAAAAGCCGAGUCUCUUCCAAAAGUACUCAAGUUUAGAAAAUAUGGUAUUAAAAAGCUUUGUAAGCAGACUGUUGAAGAGACUGUGCUGCCUGAAGGCAGUCCCUUAACAAAGGUCGGGGAUGUUGAAUUCCCUGCCGAAGAUGUGGGAGAUGCCUUGCAGUUUCUGGAAUUCUGUAAAGCAUUUUUAAAGGUGCUUGAUAUAAAGAAAGGUCAAGCUAAAGCUAUUCUUCGGGAACUAGCAAGAGGACGUGUUGGGCGCCAUGCAGCAAAUUCGUUGAUUGUUCAGUUUCAUAUCAAAUUGUUAUCUCUCAUCCAAAAGAACAAGGGAGAGAAUUUUGGUAGGCCUCUGUCUUGCUCAACAAGAAGUGGAGAAUCAUGGCUGCACGCUCUUAAAACAUGUAUUACCGGGUCUCAAUGUCCCUUCAAGAAUUUUCCUUUGGAUUGUCUUAACAAUGGCCUGCUGGGAUAUGAUAGUUUGGAUCCAUCAAAGAAGCUUAGAGUUUUGAAUUUUCUUUGUGAUGAGUCCCUUGGUACUGAAGAAUUGAGGCGUUGUAUUGACAAGGAAAAUUUAAAUUAUAUUGAAAGAAAGAAGGCAGCCAAAGAAAAAGUUCAAGCUGCUAAAAGAAAGGAAAAGGAUCUCAAGAAGAAGCUGAAAGAUGAUGUGGCCAAAGCGAUGCUUUCUUUGAAAGAAGCUCCUCUUUCAGUUUCUGAGCAGGGCAAUCUUAUUUCAACAAUAAAGUCUGAGACGGAGAAAAUUCAUGCUGAGAUUCUAGAAUCAAUGGAACUUUUACCCAAGAAGCAACAAAGACAAGAUGCCCUUCGGACUGAGCCCAUGCUUUUGGAAAAAAGUGGGCAUGCAUAUUGGAAAUUGGAGGGUCAUUGCAGGAAUUCAAAUAUCAUACUUCAAGAUGUUGGGCAUUGGGACUCCCUUGCUCUUGAGGAUAAGUGGUUUGCCUAUGAUGAAGAUGAAGAGAAUGCAGUUGAGAAACAUAUUUCCUCUUUAUGGAAGCUAAGACAUAGGAGGAAAUAUUUAGAGAAAAAAGCAUCUGCGGACAGUCAAGGGACAGAGUCUCUUUAACCAAUUGACCAUCUCCAAAUUGCUGAGACGAAGAACCAGAAGCUUCGCGACCGGUCGGGAGAUGUGCUGCAAUGUAUUUUGAUUUGUAUAACCAGAUACAAACUUGGAUUCCUAAGGGCUCACCACCCUGCUUAUUUUGAUUCUUGGGUGGUGCUUUUGAUGGGGAACCAUUAUUUGUAUUGUAUAACCAGACAAACAUGGAGGGCUCAUCAUCCUGCAUAUUUUAUCUUUUAAACCCAUUCUUUUGAUGGGGCAAUUGUGCCACUUAAAUGGUGUUUGUGAUAGCUCAAAUUUUGCCUAUUAUUCAGUUCUGUAAAGAACCAGCAGGAUUCUUCCUGAUGCAAUUAGAAUGUGUAUUCUGUGAGGUA